AUGCCUGAUAUCUCCGCCGCAACUGUCGCCGCUACCUUCACGAGCACGUGUGUUGCUCGCUUCGAAGUGCCCUCCACUAUCACUACUGACCGUGGGCGGCAGUUUGAGUCGUGUUUAUUCAGCGCCCUCACCACCUUACUGGGAUCUCAACGCAUUCGGACCACUUCCUACCAUCCGGCGUCAAACGGCAUGGUGGAACGAUUCCAUCGACAACUCAAAGCCGCCCUCAAGGCACACCCCAACCUCACCUCUUGGACGGAAGUUCUUCCUGUCGUCCUGCUCGGCCUCCGUUCAGUCUUCAAGCCGGACUUGGGGUGCACCGUAGCAGAGCUCGUUUACGGGACAACUCUGCGACUACCUGGAGAAUUCCUCGUGUCCCCCAAGGCUACUCCCCCGCCAGAUCCAGCAGACUACGUUUCCCGGCUCAAAGCCAUAUUUGACCAGCUUCGCCCGGCACCCCCUCGUCAACCAUCCUCCUCCAGGCUUUACGUGCACGACGACCUGGCGACGUGCACACACGUUUUCGUACGCGUCGACGCUGUCCGAAAGCCACUACAGCCCCCUUAUACUGGUCCCUAUCAAGUCGUCAGCCGCACUUCCAAAUUCUUCUCCCUCAUCAUCAACGGCAAGCAAGAGCAAGUCUCCAUCGACCGAUUAAAGCCUGCAUACAUUGAGGCUCCUGCUGCUGACCUCACGGCUGCUCUGGUCUCCACCCCUCACUCCGUUUACCAGCCUGCCGUUCCCCAUUCAGCAAAGUCCGUCCACUGGGCCCCUGUCCUGGUGACGCACCGCUCUUGCGUUUCACCAACGCGCUAA